AUGAAUUCUACCAAACACAAUCAAGCUGUUUUAGAUUUAAACUCUUCCGAUCCAACUGUUCGUGUGAAAGCUUUACGCUUUAUAAAAAAUAAUAUCAUCGGGAAUAAAACGAAAAAAGAUCUGUACAUCGGACUUAAUGUUAUUCCAAAACUUGUCACUUUUUUCAUAGAAAAUGAGAGUGUUGACCCUCAGAUUCAAAUUCAGGCGGCGAUCGUCUUGGGUAGCUUUGCUUAUGGUUCGGCUUAUUUUUUUUAUUCAACUCAAAAUAUUUUUGAAUGCUGUGCAAAAUUUAAAAGAUCUUUUCUUUGUCAAAAAGGUGGUGAAGAGAAUGUGACAGAGAUAGUUAAGCAUGAAGCUGUUAAACCCUUGUUAGAAUGUAUAUCGUCAAAAAAUGAUCCUAGACUAAUCGAAGCGGCUGCUCGAGCUCUAAAAGCUAUUUAUAAAUGCCCAACUGCAGAUAAAAAUGACAUAUUUCAAGGUUAUCACCUUCAAGACCUUAUUACUCUCCUUGACCCUGAAGCACUUAGUCCGAAAACAGAUCGCGAAAAGAUCGCGUCGGUACAUACUGCUGAAUUAGCAGCGACUAUAAUUGCACGUUGUUGUGAUACCAACGAACAGCAGAUCCAGAUUGCACAAGCUGGUGCCUUUCCUAAAUUGGUCAAUUUAUUAACUUGUGGGUUUUCUAAAGCUCAAGAAGCCGCUUUGGAUGCGCUUGCGUAUCUUUGUCGUGAAAACUCUGAUUUUGGCAAAGAAAUCGUCAAGACAAAAUCUGAAACAAGUGAGAACCCGGUCAAAAUCAUGUUAAAUUUGAUUCGCGAUAAAUCACCGACAAUGCGACUAAUAUCGGCUAAAUGCUUGACACAUCUAUGUCGUGCGAAAGCAAUAGAUGAAUAUUUAAAUGAUAUUACGUUAGCCGUAUUACCAACUUUAGUCAAAUUGCUUGAUGAAAAAGGUCCCGUCCGUGAAGAAGCUCCACAUGUUUUAGCUUAUUUGAUUCGUGAUAAUGAAGAAUUGCAAAAGGCCGCUUGCGAUUCAGAAGCUGUACCAAAAUUGGCUGACUUUGUUACCCAUAUCGGUGAUCAGAAUGGUUCAUAUUAUGAUCCUUUGGGUGACGAAGAUUCUUUGUAUAUUGAAUUAAUCGAAAUUGACAAUAAAACUCAGAAUGCUCUAAUGGCUCUUGCGGCUAUAAGUUCUUUGACCGAUGAAGGUCGGAAGCUGGUCGUUGAUGCAAAAAUAAUCCCACAUAUAGUUGCAGGAAUGUCGCAUCGUUCUUAUGGAGUUCGUGCUGCUGCAUGUCAAUGUACUCGAAGUCUCUCAAGAUCCGUCUCAAUAUUACGCACCAAUCUUGUGGAUGCAGGAAUCGCAACGCCUUUAUUUAAAUUGUUAUCUGACGAAUCAACUGAUGUGCAAACCAUGGCAUGUGCUACGCUUUGUAAUUUGGUACUGGAAUUUUCACCUAUGAGAAAGCAAAUUAUGGAACAAGGAGGAAUAGAAAAGUUGGUUAAAUUGGUGCAUUCUCCAGACAACACAUUAAGACUUAAUGCUAUAUGGGCAUUGAAGAAUUUGGUUUAUCAUGCAGAGUCUGAGGUCAAAUAUAGAGUGAUGGAAGUAUUAACAUAUAUAACUAUGGAAAAAUUAAUUGAAGAUUCAGAACUUGAUGUACAAGAAAAAGCAUUGAAUUUGUUGAGAAACCUAGCUUGUCCAAAACCAGAAGAUAUCGAAGAAGUAUUCAAAGGGUUGACCGAAACUCGAUUGAUGAAUAUAAUAGAAAGUAAACUUUGUUCUUGGAGUAUCGAAAUUAUUAAACAGAUUCUGUUUGUUAUCAAUAAUAUUGCUACUGGCAAUGAACGCCAUAAAAAAACUAUUAUGGCAAGAACUAAUAUUUUGACACAUAUUAAGAACUACAUGAGCCACCAAAAUCCUGAAAUACGUGUUGCUGCAGUGUGGUGUCUUAUAAAUCUGACAUGGAUGGAAGAUAGACAUAGUAGUUCCCAAUUGCGCGUUCGAGAGCUACGUCAGUUUGGUUUUGAGGAUAUAGUAAAAAAUAUGGCGGACGAUGAGAAUUUAGAUGUUCGUGAAAAAGUGAAGAUGGCUUUAGUACAAUUUUCCCAAGUGUAA